AAUAGGCGAAGGUAGUAAAGUAUUACAUUGUGCACAUCGUUUUUGUUCAACCUCCACGAGCUUAGGAGGUGUGAUUUGGCGCCGCCUGUCAUUUCCUCUCCCUCCGUCAUUCUCAUUGUUUCUGUUAUUAUUACGUACCCAUCUCAAUUUAAAACCUUCAACUACUCAUCACACAAAUACACAGAAAAAGACAUGGUCGCUCCUUCCAGGCCUCAGUUUGUCCUCUUCGGAUCCUCCAUCGUACAACUCAGUUACAGCCAUAGCGGUUGGGGUUCUUUUCUUUCAGAUAUCUAUGCCCGCAAGGCAGACAUAUUGUUACGAGGAUACUACGGAUGGAAUUCUCGACGUGCCCUUCAAGUGCUCACUCAAGUUUUCCCAAAGGAGGCUGCUACACAGCCUUCUCUUGUGAUAGUUUAUUUUGGAGGUAAUGAUUCUAUGGGUCCUCACUCAUCUGGUCUAGGCCCUCACGUGCCUCUUCAAGAAUAUGUCGCUAACAUGAGAAAGAUUCUGGUUCAUAUUCAGAGUCUAUCUGAAAAGACACGUAUCAUUGUUCUCACCUGCCCUCCUGUCCACGAGGAAAAAGUGCGUGAAAACACUAGUGCCUUUUUUAGUGAGCUGGUAAGAACAAAUGAAUUAUGCAAAAACUAUUCAGAUGCUUGUAUAAAGCUAUGCAAGGAACUUGGUGUGAAAGUCGUUGAUCUUUUUCAUGCACUACAAAGUAUAGAUGACUGGAAGAAUGCUUGUUUUACCGAUGGCAUCCAUUUAGCAGCUGAGGGAAGCAAAAUUGUGGUGAAAGAGAUAUUGAAAGUACUUAAGGAGGCUGAAUGGAAGCCAUGCCUCCACUGGAAGUCAAUGCACACUGAAUUUUCAGAAGAUUCACCAUAUGAUCUUGUUGCUGCUGAUGGGAAAAGAACACUGAAUCCUUCUGAGUGGACUUUUCACAGAGAGUUUCAGUGGGAUUAAGCUGUUGAGUUAUCAACCUUAUAUUUAGCAGUUUCGUUAUUUACGUUUGCUUAAAAAUGUUUCUUUGUUGUUUGGUGACAUAAUUGUCAUUCAUAAAGUUUGUAAGUUCAUGUUUUAACUGAAAAAUAGUUGAUAUAGUAUAAUGUAGUGCUCCAUACUCCCAUAGCUAUAUGCAAAUUUCAUCAAGUCUGUAUGAUUCCGGGAGUUAUAAAAAUUAAAAAGCAGUAUAAGUUAUAUGAUGUACUAUUGUUCUUUUUAUAAUAAUAACUUACUUAUAAAGAUGAAAUUCAAUCUCAUAAACUUGUCUCA